AUGCCUCCCCAAAAGCAUCGCAUUAAAAAUAAUUCAAAUUCACAACAACCUAAUCAAAAGAAAAGCUCUUCCAAAGAGAAUCUUAAUUGGAAGAUCAAUUAUUUGGCUGUCCAGAUUGGAGAAGAUUCUAGACUAAAGUCAGCAAAAAAAGCAGCAACUGUCAAACUUCAACAUCAACAACAAUGGGCUGCUAGUCAGGGAUAUCCUUCAUAUAACAGCGAGAACAAUAAAGUGACCUUGAGACACAUGUUGGAUGAAGCAAGAGGCAAAAAGUUGGAAUUGAAAUUGUUUCAGGCACAAAAGGAAUUGCGCUCUGCUUUAAAAAAAAGCAAGGUUGUAGAAACCCAGAAGCAGCUCAAGAAACUACGUGAUAGUCGUAAACUCGUUGCUGACGCUAGCAAGACUCAAGAGUCCAAUGCUGAAACCAAGUCUGAUGAGGCUCAAUCUGAGGAAGUCAAGUCCGAAGAAACCAAGUCUGAAGAGACCAAAUCUGAAGUGAAACCAAAGAAAGGAAGAGUGGUUACCCCAGAGCUGAUUGCAAAAAUGGAAAAAGAAUUAGAGAUUGUAAAGAACUUGGAUGUCGAUACAUUGGCAGAAAAGACACUUCGAAAUAAGCUUUUGAAACAUUCCAAGCUGAAGCAAUCCGAAUUGUUGGUUUCUGUCGUUAACUCAUACGAGGAAUACAAACCACCGACCGAAACUCCAGAGGAUCCAGUUUCCGUCAAAUUGACUCAAGACAUCGAGACUCGCGUGCUUUCCAACAAAGUCGCCAAAGAUGAGCUCACUAAACUGAUGGUUGAAAUCGAGCUGAUCGUUAUUGGAACACCAUCCCAACUAAAGCCUGGAAAACCAUCAUCAUCAACAGCAACAAAUGGCAAGAGAUUUGCUGAAAACGAACACCUUGAUUCAGAAACCAAGAAAACCAAGAAACAAAAGAGCUCUGUGUCAGAUGGAUCAUCUCUAUUUGUCGAGACAUUGAAAGAAGAUAGUGAGGAUGACGAUGACGAAAGUGAUGAUGAAGAUAAAGACAACAAGGCAAAAUCAAAGUCCAAGGACAAAAAGUCUCUAAAGGGCAAAGACUGGGUUGACACUGACUUUAACAAAUAUUAUGAAAACGAAGAGAAGAAGAACAGACCUGGACAACGGCAAAGAAGAAUUGUGUGGGAACAAAUGUAUGGAAAGACAGCAAAACAUUUGGCUGGCAAACGGAAAGACAACCAAAAAGGUGGAAAGCCAAAGGCAGGCGCAAAACCAAGUAUUUCUGCACCUGCUUCGAAGCCCAAGGAUUCUGGUUUCUUGGAAGAUGAUGAAAUGCAUCCUUCAUGGCAGGCAAAGCGUUUACAGCAAGAGAUGAUGUCAAAGGCUCUCAGUGGAGAGGGCUCUUCAAACAAGAAGAUUGUGUUCGACACAGACGAUUAA